GAAGUGAAAAUUCAAACUCUUUGAAGGAUUUAAUUUUAUUCUCUUCACUCAGGGAGCUAACAGAAUGAGAGGUCGGUUUGGAAGUGUGGAUGGCUUUGAACGGUCCAACAGUCUUGCUUCAGAGAAGGACUACUCGCCGGGAGACUCACCGCCAGGGACACCACCAGCCUCCCCACUGUCCUCAGCUUGGCACACGUUCCCAGAAGAGGAUUCCGACUCCCCGCAGUUUCGAAGACGGGCACACACAUUCAGCCACCCGCCUUCAAGCACAAAGAGAAAGCUGACUUUACAGGAUGGCAGGGCUCCCGGGGUGCGCUCCCCUCUGCUGAGGCAGAGCUCCAUCGAACAGUGCAGUGAUGGAGAAGGGAGAAAAAGGACCUCUUCCACCUGCAGCAAUGAGUCCCUGAACACUGGAGGAACCCCUGCCACUCCUCGCCGCAUCUCGUGGCGACAGCGCAUUUUCCUCAGGGUUGCUUCUCCCAUGAACAAAUCUCCCUCAGCAAUGCAGCAGCAAGAUGGAUUGGACAGGAAUGAGCUGCUGCCUUUGUCCCCUCUUGCUCCAACCAUGGAGGAGGACCCGCUGGUUUUAUUCCUGUCUGGUGACGAUGACCCAGAGAAGGUUGAAGAAAAAAAAUCAAAAGAACUGAGAAGUUUGUGGAGAAAGGCUAUACACCAACAAAUCUUGUUGCUUCGAAUGGAAAAAGAAAACCAGAAACUUGAAGAAGCAAGCAGAGAUGAACUCCAGUCCAGAAAAGUUAAAUUGGACUAUGAAGAAGUUGGUGCAUGUCAGAGGGAGGUCUUAAUAACCUGGGAUAAGAAGUUGUUAAACUGCAGAGCUAAAAUCAGAUGUGAUAUGGAAGAUAUUCAUGCUUCUCUUAAAGAAGGAGUUCCCAAAAGUCGGCGAGGAGAAAUUUGGCAGUUCCUAGCUUUACAAUAUCGUCUAAGACACAGAUUGCCUAAUAAACAACAACCUCCUGACACAUCCUAUAAAGAACUUUUAAAGCAGCUCACCGCUCAGCAGCAUGCUAUUCUCGUCGAUUUAGGAAGGACAUUUCCUACUCACCCUUACUUUUCAGUACAGCUUGGAGCAGGGCAGCUGUCACUAUUUAACCUCCUGAAAGCCUAUUCUUUGCUGGACAAAGAAGUGGGUUACUGUCAAGGGAUCAGCUUUGUGGCUGGAGUUCUGCUUCUGCACAUGAGUGAAGAGCAAGCCUUUGAAAUGCUGAAAUUUCUCAUGUAUGACCUAGGCUUCCGCAAGCAGUACAGACCUGACAUGAUGUCACUACAGAUUCAAAUGUACCAGCUGUCCAGGCUCCUUCAUGACUAUCACAGAGAUCUCUACAAUCAUCUUGAAGAAAAUGAAAUCAGCCCCAGUCUUUAUGCUGCCCCCUGGUUUCUCACACUGUUUGCCUCUCAGUUUCCAUUAGGAUUUGUAGCCAGAGUUUUUGAUAUUAUUUUUCUUCAGGGUACUGAAGUUAUAUUUAAGGUUGCACUUAGCCUACUGAGCAGCCAAGAAACACUUAUAAUGGAAUGUGAGAGCUUUGAAAAUAUUGUUGAAUUUCUUAAAAGCACGCUACCUGAUAUGAAUACCUCUGAAAUGGAAAAAAUUAUUACCCAGGUUUUUGAGAUGGAUAUUUCUAAACAGUUACAUGCCUAUGAGGUAGAAUAUCACGUGCUGCAGGAUGAGCUUCAGGAAUCUUCAUAUGCCUGUGAGGAUAGUGAACCUGUGGAGAAGCUGGAGAGGGCCAAUAGCCAACUGAAAAGACAAAACAUGGACCUCCUAGAAAAAUUACAGGUGGCUCAUUCUAAAAUCCAGGCCUUGGAAUCAAACCUGGAAAAUCUUUUGACUAGAGAGACCAAAAUGAAGUCUUUAAUCCGAAACCUGGAGCAAGAAAAAAUGGCUUAUCAAAAGAUAGUGGAGCAAAUCCGGAAGCUGGUGCCAGCAGAUGCUCUGGCCAGUUGCGAAUCGCUGCUGAGAGACCUAAACUGCAACCCCAGCAACAAAACCAAGAUGGGAAAUAAGUCAUAAUUCAAGCCAUGUGGUCUCAGCAGAAAGUGCUCCUUAGAAUACUACAAAAAGGCAGCGCCUGCAUGCUGCUGGCCCAAGGCUGGACACUGAAGCCAGCGGGACACCUACAGUGGUACCAGGACCCAGUCACAGCAGGUGGACCUUGCUCCCAACCAGAGAGUGCCAAUCCUAAGCCAUUGUACAUAUGUAGACUGUUUUUUGUUGUUGUUGCUGACUCUGUACAUAAAUAUAAAAUAGACAUAAAGAGUUCAUGCUUUCAGAUAAAAUGAGUAGAUGUAUAUUUAGAGCAAUUUUUUUAGUCGGAACUUCAUGAAAUCCACACCAAAGGGACGUUAAAGUAAAAUAUCCCUUGGACACCUGUGAAAUCUUUCUGUCUUUGUAGUGAAACAAAGCUAGAGCAUCUUUGUAUAUUGAAAUAUACUUGAAAAAAAAAGAAUGUAUUUUUAUCUCCAAAGAAUAGCAUGUUUCACUCAAUGAUAGAAAGGUGGAAACAUUUGUGUAACUUUCUGUGUAUCUGUCUUAAAAUCUAUUGACAUUGUCUAUAUAAGGGAAAUGACUGAUUGCCAGUCACGCUUCUGUGGGUUUUCAGGAAGGUAGGGCGUUUUUCCCUGCCUGUUUUGUGCCAACUAGCAUGUUGCACCUACAUGCAUUUUGAGUCUGAUUAGCAUUACUUUAGAAAUACAUAAGGAGAAAGCAGGACAUCAUGGCUGAGUCUAGGCUGCUCAAGGUAAAGGAGGGUGUUGCUAAUUUUCUAGCAAAUUAGACCAGCAUUGUUACUCAAACUAAAAA